GCCGAAUCACAGGUCCGUGAUUAUUCAUUGUUUGCUUUCGGUCUAGACACAAGAUUAGAAACAAAAAGAUCACAUUGUUCAGAUCCUUACUCGAACUAUCGAACUAACACCCCAAACACCGUCCUCGAUCAGCACUCCUUCACAAUGCCCCUCCCUCAGCGUACAGCGUCCCUCACCAGGAUCACCAACGAGACUAAGAUUCAGAUCUCACUCUCCUUGGACGGAGGCGCCCUCCCUCCCUUUGAACCAAGCGAACAUUUCCCCGCCCCCGAAGACCCCAAGGAGGCCGAAGCCGCGAAGCACGGAAUUGUCCCUCUCAAAGAUGCCCACCAUGCGACGCAAUUCACCGCGACACAGCAGAUCACCGUGAGCACGGGAAUUGGCUUCCUCGACCACAUGCUGCACGCUCUGGCGAAGCAUUCCGGCAUGAGUUUGGCGAUCCGAGCCAAGGGAGACCUGUACAUUGAUGACCACCACACCACGGAAGACACUUUCCUUGCUCUCGGAGCGGCCUUCACCAAGGCCCUGGGUGCCCGUCAGUCCAUUGCCCGCUUCGGUCGCGGCGAUGCACCUCUCGACGAGGCCCUCUCGUGGGCUGUCAUUGAUAUCUCCAGCCGUCCCUGGGCUGUGAUCAAUCUUGGUUUCCGUCGCGAAAAGAUCGGCGACCUUAGCACGGAGAUGAUCACGCACGGUCUGCAGAGCUUUGCCCAGGAGGCGGGUGUGACUCUUCAUGUGUGCUGCACCUACGGCGACAAUGACCACCAUCGCGCGGAGAGUGCGUUCAAAGCCUUGGCCGUGGCUAUUCGCACAGCUUGCACCAGGAGGGUGGCCGGUGAAGUCGGUGCAGGAGAUAUUGUCAGUACCAAGGGUGUGCUGUAAAUUACACUAGAAGCUCUGAGUUCUGAUGACCAAAGCCAAGGGCAAAUUCUGUUACAAGCUGCCAUUAUCUUUUCAAUGCUCAAGAGACGAAGUUAUGAUGGUGCAAACGUUAAGAAGAAAAUAGAAUCAAUUGACGACCAUGAAUAAUGACUCCUACCAAAAGUAACAACCCAGGGCGAAAGGAAAGCAUGAGAAACUGGAAGUGCGGGAUGGCUCUGAGGACACUGUCCAGCAGUGUAGUUUUCAAAAACACCCAUCAAUUGGACUCAAGAGGACUGCACACCCAGCGCUU